AUGAGCCGACUCGUGGUGCUCACGCCCGAGUCGUCGCCGGCGCGCCUUUCGACCGACUCCAUUGCGCUCUUAGCGUCGCCGCCGCGCCGAUCUAGUGGCCGAUGGCGACUCCUGCAUCUCUCUACACAAGGCACAGCGGCGUCGAGAAGCAUUGACUCCAGCCGACACGACGAGCUCGACAAGGUCGACGACGGUGUCCACGCGCUCCGACGGAAGCGCAAAUUGGUGCUGAGCUUGAUCGCGUUGGCGCUGGUCAUUGUCGCGAUUUCUCUCGCUGUGAUUUUCACGCAGGCCAACGGACGGUACACUUCGAACGGCGACGCAAAAAACAACUUUACCACAAAUACGCUUGCGCCGGCGGCUGUCGAGUCGUCCACUUCGACCAUCCCGCCGCAGACAAGCGGACCGGUUCUGGUCACGGCACCGCCGAGAAGUGAAACAAAUGCCCCCUCUUCUCCAGCUAGCGUCAUGGAGCCGGUGCCAGAAGCCUCCGCGACAACGACAGAGGCACCUCUUACCGUCAACUCCAAUGCCCACACCGACGCUCACACCGACCCCAACACCAGUCCCCUCGACCGCCCCCACUACAGUCCCGACGUCGUCACUAACACCAGAGCCGACUGUUCGCCCGACUCCAGCUCCAACACCACCUCUGAGCCCACCGACGACGCCAGCACCGACUCCAUCGCCUACCGCAGCACCGACUACGGCACUGCCUUCGACCCAAGCUCCAACGCCAACUGUGUCGCCUACGUGCUCGAAGUCUCGCGCAAUGGCGGCAAGACGUGGUACGACAUCAGCGUCAUUCCGCCGGGGUGCGGCGAUGGUCUGAGCUGGGACGCAUGCAGUCGAGGCGGCACCGUCACGGGCUACAAUGUGCCGCUGAGUGUGCGCCCGGCACGGGUUGUGUCGGAAGCCAGCUACAACUGCGUGGACGUCCAGUGUGCCUCGGAGCAGUGCCCAGACGCGUAUCUCUUUCCGUCCGACAAUGUCAAGACCAAGAGUUGCAGCAUCGAUGAGGUGCUCGUAGCGACGUGGUGCUAA